CCUGCAAAUUUUGUUUAUGCCAGAAAAAUGUUAUAAAGUAUCGCGAAAACAAAGGUCCAGAAAGGUUAAGGGAAUUGAAGGUAUUUUUAUUGUAUCUUCAGUAUAAACUUAACUGGAAAUGGAAAAUAGUGGUGAAAGUGGUGACGACGGAGGACCUUUAAGUACAACAGCAUUUCUUGGCGGUAGUGGUGUUUCUGCGUCAUAUAUCAGUGUACAAUCGGACGACAUGGAGGAUGAUCCUGAAAACACGGAUGAUUCAAAUCAUGGAACAAGCGAUCCUUUACAAGGAGCCGGAGGCGGCAGUGGUGGAGGUCCUCUUCGUGAGCAGGACCGAUUUCUGCCGAUAGCGAAUGUUGCUAAAAUUAUGAAAAGAGCUAUACCAGAGGCGGGAAAGAUAGCAAAAGAUGCACGUGAAUGUGUUCAAGAGUGUGUAUCCGAAUUUAUAUCGUUUAUUACAUCCGAAGCAAGUGAUCGGUGUCAUAUGGAAAAACGUAAGACUAUCAAUGGUGAAGACAUUCUAUUUGCCAUGACGACUCUUGGUUUUGACAAUUACGUAGAACCACUAAAAGUGUAUCUACAAAAAUACCGAGAAGCUACGAAAGGUGAUAAUCCUCCAGGGAGUGGUACACCGGCAGGCAAUGGAAAAGUUGAGCCACAAGGAACUAUGUACGAAGAUCAGUUGUUUGCCAUUGCCGCGACUGCUUCUAGUGCUACCACUUCGGAUACGCCUGUAAUAUAUAGUUACACGUCUACCGAUCAAAUGCAAUUCCAGCUUUCCUGAUCGCAACAGGUUAAAACGAUAUAUUAAUAUAAAUUAUUAAGAUACAGAAUGCGAUACGCGAUACAGCUAUCUCAACUGUAGCAUAUUUUUUCUCACGUACGAUUGUGUUUUACAUAAGACUGUAAAAUCAGUUUUGAUGGGUAAACUAAACUUACAUUUGUAAGAAACAAAGUAUGAAUGGAUUCAGAGUUUGGUAAGGGAGGUGAAUUAAAUUUAGGCAAUUCUUUGUAAAGAAACUAUAAACGUGGAAGGAAAUAAACCAGGAAGCAGUUAAAGACUCGUUAGUAAUUACUUGUUUACUUUUUUAAACACGGUAGGGGUAGAAAAACAUAGCCGAUUGUUUAUUUCACUAUUAUUUUUUAAAGCUCUAGUAUUCGCAAUUAAACUAGGAUUUAGGCUGUGGUGGUUUUUUUUUUUUUUUUUCUUUUGCGAAAACGGUUCAGGUCGGAAUGGAAACAAGAUAUUCUAUUUUAGACAAGAACCGGCAGUUAAUCAGCGUGUAGAUUCUCGUAGAAAACGUUCAUAAUGGUUGUUUUCACUCUGGUAAUUGGGCAGGAGAGAGCAAGAGCUCGUGUGCUUUUGUUGAUGAUGAUGCAGCGCCACUCGAAGGCAUGGCUGAUUGUUGUUGUCGCUGUUGUUGCGCUGGUGACAAAAGUGAGGCGGUAGGUAAUGUUCCAGCCGGACGCGCGUCCGUUUUCCUCACUUUUUCCUUUUUGUCAGAAGCAACGUGGCAAAACCGCCAGCGGCACUGACCGCAACGGCAUAAACAGAGGCAGAGCAGCACCCGAAAUAGGCAACACAGUAAACCGGCGCACAGUAGCGAAGGACCCACCAGCCUCAAUUCCGGACUGAGGAAUCCUUUCUCUCCAGUGCCGACAAACGAGAUAACUAAUCCGAGCGCUGUAGUUCCCAGCCCCGCAUAAAGUACGGUAUUCACUGCCGCACUAACUUCUCCUCUACGACGGUUUGCGUUACUGCUUCCAUCAUCUUCGUCAUCUUCUCCACUGCUUCCAUAGCAAUAGCUUGCGUCUCUUAUCUGAGAACAGUAAUACGGAGACAAAGGAAGGGGGGAAGGUCUGCUGCACCCCUGCCAUGCUGCUUUACCAGGUCCUCCACCACACUGAAAUUAUUUUCCGUUCAG